AUGUCGGACUAUUUGCAGUACGGUUUUCGCAUGAAAGAAAGUGGUGACCCGCAGUGCUUAAUUUGUUUAAAAGUAUUUACCGUCUCGCCUAAAUCUCCCUCAAAAAUGAAACUUCAUUUUGAGCGAAUCCACCCAGAAUCUCAAAACCUUCCGGUCGAGGUCUUUGAAACCAAAUUGCGCGAACCUGAAUUUUUGGAGGGAAAAGAUCGGGAAAUGUUGGGUAGUGAAUCAACAGUAGAAGACAGCGAAGACUUACGAUUGAGGCGAAAGUUAUGCUGCAGCACUAGCUAUUGCCCGGGCAGGCGAAUUACGGAACUGGGCAUUGAUAUGCGGGGUCAACUUAAGAAUGAGCUAAACUCUAGUGAAAUCUUUGCCAUUCAGGUGGACGGCUCAACUGAUGUCAGCAAUGUUGAACAACUUUUGGGAUUCGUUCCCUUCAUUGGCAAAGAGGACAUUAAAGAACGGAUGCUUUUUUGUAAAACUCUUUCUUCCGUCGGUGCUAGUUCGAUGACUGGGAAAAAUGUAGGAUUUGUAAAAUAUUUCAAAGAAAUCGCGCCGAACUCUUCUUGGUAUCACUGCAUUAUUCAUAAAUAUGCAUUAGCUGUCAAAUCUGUGCCAGCAUUAUUAAAAGAAGUGAUGGACGAUUCGGUUAAAGUAGUAAAUUUGAUCAAAAGUAGUUCUUUAAAUAGUCGUUUAUUAUCGGUAUUUUGUGAAGAAUUGGGAGCAGAAUUUUCACAAUUAUUGUAUCACACUGAGAAAUGUAUUCUACAUGUAAUUCUCAAGCGAUCUAUCGAGGUAAUUUAUUUCGCCAUUUUUGCAAGUCUUAAAACCCUCUGGGGAGGGGUGUGUCAGAAUUCUGUGGAAAGCUUUCUCAUGAAGGUCGAGUAUUGGAUAAUGCAGAUUGAUUCCAAUCUUUAUGAUGCAGUUCCUUUGCCUUCUGAGUCGUUAAAAUACGGUGCCAUUGACGCGCACACAAAAUCGUCCAUCAUCGAACAUUUAAAUGGUUUGAAAAAUAAUAUUCGCGAUUAUUUCCCCCAAAAAGCGAGUACCAAGAUGCAUGGAUAUUGA